CGUCAAUUUAUACUUAAUAUCGCAGUGCAGAGGACAGAAAAAAGUAAGCAGGUACAUGAAAAUAGUAGAUGGUUUGCGGCUUGUAUCCCUUAGUCUAUGAUAAGCAGUCGAACAGUCUUCCAACCCCGCCUCCGUCGCAAUGGGUUGCUGAGUCAGAAGUUAUACGCCAUUGGUGCCACCAACAUAUCGAUGCGGGAAUCAAUUGGAAGACGCGCAGGAUCACCAGCACUAACCUUCUAGCAUUGCCCCCUUAAUAAAAAUGCCCGUUUCAUCUGCAACCGGUGGAUCUGGUUCGUCGUCGAGUGUUAACAGCAGGCACAAUGUCAAUGAAAAACAGCAAAGCCUAAACCAGAACGGUGAACAAAGGCAGGACCAGGAGGGGAUACGAAACACUGUCACGACCUCGACCUCCAUUUUCACCAAGCGGAAGGAGACGAUGGAUGGAGCCCUUGGGACAAGUAAAGAACUUCCUGCGGACGGGUCCUGUAAUUCAACGCAUUGUUUUUCCUCAACCUCGUCCACGCUAUCCUCGUCCCCCUCACUUUGCGGUACGCGCCACGCUGUUCUAAGUGAGGAUUUCCGCUUGCAAGCGGCCACCGAGAAGAUGAAGGUGCUGCAGAAUAUCGACACAUUAGUGGGGCGGCGCAUGAACCGCUUUUCGCUGAAUGCCUUCGAUGUGGUGUUCCGCAGGGUCAUGAACAAGCGGAGGAACAAGCUGGCUGGCACGCUCUGGUCGGCCUUCGCGUUCGAGCGGAAUCUAGGAAAGGGCGUUUUGCACAUCAUUUUCUCGUUCUUGGACCACGCAAAACUGGGGGACGCAAUCUUGGGCGCAGCCCUGCCGGCGUUCCGAAGCAAUGGAUGGGGUGAGGGUUGCAGCAAAGUAGGCAAGAGAAGUUGUAUCACUGCUGCGAACAAAAGUAGCUCAACAACAAAGCCCGCUGGUGAACAAGGCGCGACGUCGUCAAGGAACCUUACAGCAAGCCGCGCACCCCCGCUGGCAGCAUCCGCGGCGACCAAUCCUGCGUCCGGGGCAGGAGGAACAGCGGCAAAAGAGACCUCUUCCGGACGGGGCAGCCCUCAGCUGUUGAUGGCGGAUGCUAGACCAGCGCUAGCCCGCGGAACCAAAAGCACGACCUCGAGCACGGUCCUCUUGCCAAGGUUCCUGCCCGCCCUGGACCCAGGUUCAUUUCUCGUCGUCCGUUUGUGGGAUGAGAGUUGCAAACGGGUGGUGUUUCAGGACCGCUUGCACCGACAGCUUUUGUACUGCGAGUUUCGUGCGUUGCUGUUUCAGAAAGGCGUAUUUUUACCCGAGCCGGUGCCGGACGAGCGCUUUCCAGGAGACGGCGUACCCUUCAAGAUCACGGUGGCGCUCGGGUCGCAUAAGUCCUCCGCGGACGGCGCCUCCACAGCAUUCUCGUUCACGAAAAGGGCACCGGCGGCAGCGCACGUGAGCACUCUCUGCGCCGGGCUGCGGAGGUCGACCGCAUUGCCCAAACUUUCCCUGGAACAUCUCGCGGAAAGAGCAGCACUGUAUUCUAACUAUUUCAAAUUUUUACUCCAUCGGGCAGCAACAUCGAUUACAAUUUGAUCGUCGAAUAACGCAGCUUUUCGUAGAUCUAAAGGGAUCGAUUUGGUCCGCUCACAAAAGCUACAGCGCGUUAUUGGAUAAGUACUCACAAAAUACAGGGCACAAGCAGCGCACGCGAAGCGGGGAGACUUGACACGACAGGAAAUGUUGCAAAGCGUAGAUUUGUCGGCCCUUCCGCCUCACGUCGAGAGAGGGCUCCACUGGGGAACAAGCGAGCAGUUCCCCGUGCAGACCGUGGUGGUGAACCUGCAGAUAAACCAGAAUCAGCCGAAAAUCAAGUGCUUUCGAUGCGGGUUUCCCUGCCGCCGCAUGCAAUUCGAGCAGGACAUCGCCAAUGCCUGCAGCAGUGAGCGGAACACGGCCUUUCUAUUUCAGGAGCAGGUUCGGGAGGGCCUGCUGCUCUACAAGCUGCACGGGCGACACCAGUGCGGACGCUGUUGGCUAAAGUUGCUCGGCCUCAAAACCCAUGCCUUGUGGCACGACCUGAGGUUGUUGCAAGCAGAGAAAAACAAGUCCAAGCUAGAGCGGAACAACGGCGAGGAGGACGGAGCCGCUGAUGUGUCCAGCAACGACGAAUCGCCCGGACCUCCGACCGGUGAGUUUGAGCGACGGCUGAUCCGUGAAAUAACGAGUGUGAGAGACGUCGCGAGGCCCAGUCGAGGCACUGGUACGAAUCCUGUCCCCUUCGUUGCGGGAAUAGAUAAUGCGGCAAGCUCGUCUUGUAGCAGCGGCGUUGAAAGAAGAUAG